CGGAUACGACUUUCAAUACUACAUUACAAAACAACACGCUAGUGAUGGUGCUAUUUGGUACCACCUGGUGCAAGUACAGCCGCGCCUUCAAGCCUAUAUUCGAAUCGACCGCAAAGCAACUAGUUUCUGAGGGAAGUGAAAAGAUCAACCCAGACAAGGUGCCCGUUACUCUAGUGCAGGCAGAUUGCCAGACCGAAAAGAACCUGUGCAAUAGGUACAGGGUGACUAAGUACCCGACUGUGCGCUUGUUCUGGCAAGGACGAUUAUUGGACAAAGAAUACAGAGGCACCAGGAAUGUGCCUAGUAUUCUAACGCAUAUCGCGCAUAUACUCCAUCCGCACCUCAGUGAGGUGGUUGGUUCGAUGGACUUUGCGACCCUCGGCCAUCAUUCAAAGGUCAUUUUGGGAGUUUUCACAUCAACGGACACAGAGAACUACAAGAUUUUCCAGCGAACUUCCGAGAAGUUGUUUGACGUGUGCCAUUUUCACUACACAACAAGUCCGCAUCUCGCCGGCAUAAGCUCCGCCACAUCAGAAACGGGAGAACCAAUCAUUAUGUUCAAGAAGCGAAGUCAAGACAGACGGUACACGCAAAACAAUUCUACUGAUGGGCUUCUCAAUGAAGAGCAAUUUCUUCAGUGGGCAACGAAUCGAUGCAAACCUUUGGUGGACGAAAUAACAUUUGAGAACGCCGAGGGACUAACGGAAGAGUCGCUUCCUUUCAUGAUCCUGUUCACACAACCCGGGGACUUCGCGAUACGAAACGAAUACAUAGCCUUCGUCGAGAAGAAUCUGGCGCAUGAGAAGCACCGCAUCAAAUUUCUGAUUGCUGAUGGUGAGAAGUUCAACAUCCCCCUGAAAGCCCUAAAAAAGACCAUUGCUGAUUUACCAGUAUUGGCGAUCGAUUCCUUUUCGCACAUAUAUGCAUUUCCGGACCCGAUCAGACCCUUCCCUGCGGUUCAGGAGUUGCAGGUUUGGGUGGACGAUUUCUUCACGGGAGUUCUGCACAAGAAUUUUCACAGCAAGAAUCUGGAGCUGCCGCCAAAAACCGAAUUCAAGAAGCUGGAACCCAGCACAAAGAGGUAUUCAAUGAGAGCGAGAGACGAGCUCUGAUUAUCGAACCCAAAUUUUGAUCCUCAAGGUCGAUGGGCCCGAUAUCGUCGAAGCCCUGCACAACACUCGCUAUGAAAUAGCUACAAUCUCAUCGCCAGAACAUUAAUUGCGUGACCUCGUAUAUUAUGGGGACCACACCCUUUUGUACAGUAUCUGCUGGUGCCGGAACUGUGUAGUGUAGCCAUACAUACAUCUCUUCUCCGCCUAGAAAUUUAGAGUGUCAACUUUUGUACAAAUUUAGUUACUUUCACCCCUACAAGUCAUGAAGGAAUUCCAAAAUGCGGUAUCCGAAUGGCAAUUUACCCUCGACUCACCACACAAUGUUUUGAUCGUUGUACGUGUCUAACACCCUCGAGCUAAUUCAAAAUCUGGUGAAAGCCCCAUUUUGACACAAACCCCCCGCGAUACGAAUCUUAAGAUAAUUCAUUUAGGUUAGAGAAGAGUGGUAGUGUGCCGUUCUGUCUGGAUGUUUAACUUCAG